GCCCAGCACGGCUGCCCUGAAGGCGGCGGGCCUCGGGGGCGGGGCUGCACUGAGGAGCUGAGACGGCCGCGGCUGCUCGUCCUGGCUGGCGGGGCGGGGGUCUGGCGAUGGGGGCGGGAGGAACAACGGGCCGGUGAGCGCCGCGGCCGCCGUCCCCGCCGAGCUCGCGCGGGCAGCCGCUGCGUCGUCGCUGCCGUCCGACCCCCUAAGAAGAGAACGUUGAAGCAGCCCUUCGCUAGCGGCCGCGGUGACAGCCCGGCUUCGGCGCGAUGAACCGCGGUGGCAGCAGCGCGUCGGCCUCGGCCAACUACCUGCUCUGCACCAACUGCCGGAAAGUGCUGCGGAAGGACAAAAGAAUCAGAAUGUCUCAACCCCUGACAAGAGGACCAAGUGCCUUUAUUCCAGAGAAGGAAGUUGUCCAAGCAAACACGGCAGAUGAACGAACAAACUUUCUUGUGGAAGAGUACUCUACAUCCGGUCGCCUGGACAACAUCACACAGGUGAUGAGCUUGCACACGCAGUACCUGGAAUCUUUCUUACGGAGCCAGUUCUACAUGCUGCGCAUGGAUGGCCCCCUUCCCCUCCCGGACAGGCACUACAUCGCCAUCAUGGCUGCAGCCAGACACCAGUGUUCCUACCUAAUAAACAUGCAUGUGGAUGAAUUUUUAAAGACCGGAGGGAUUGCUGAGUGGCUCAAUGGCUUGGAAUAUGUACCACAAAGACUGAGAAAUCUUAAUGAAAUUAACAAGCUGCUGGCACACCGGCCCUGGCUGAUCACGAAAGAGCACAUUCAGAAACUUGUCAAAACUGGAGAAAAUAAUUGGUCCUUGCCUGAGCUAGUGCACGCUGUGGUCCUCUUGGCUCACUAUCACGCUCUGGCCAGCUUUGUUUAUGGUAGUGGCAUCAAUCCAGAAAGAGACCCCGGAAUCGCCAAUGGGUUCAGACUGAUCUCAGUGAGCAGCUUCUGUGUGUGCGACCUGGCCAAUGACAACAGCAUUGGAAAUGCCUCCCUGGCAGGCGGCAACUUUGGGAUUGUGGACUCUCUAGGUGAGCUAGAAGCCUUAAUGGAGAGGAUGAAAAGGCUCCAGGAAGACAGGGAAGAUGAAGAGACUACUCCGGAAGAAAUGAGCACACGUUUUGAGAAGGAAAAGAAAGAAAGUCUCUUCGUGGUCCCUGGAGAGACUUUCCACUCGUUUCCUCACUCAGAUUUUGAAGAUGACAUGAUUGUAACAGCUGAUGUCUCUCGAUACAUCGAAGACCCAGGCUUUGGGUAUGAAGACUUCGCCAGGCGAGGAGAAGAACAUUUGCCAACAUUCCGAGCCCAGGACUACACCUGGGAAAAUCAUGGGUUCUCGCUGGUGAACAGGCUUUACUCUGACAUUGGGCAUCUCCUGGAUGAGAAGUUUCGAAUGGUCUACAAUCUCACCUACAACACAAUGGCCACCCAUGAGGAUGUUGACACUACCACGCUGCGCAGAGCCCUGUUUAACUAUGUUCACUGUAUGUUUGGAAUCAGGUAUGAUGACUAUGACUAUGGAGAAGUUAACCAGUUACUCGAGCGGAGCCUGAAGGUUUACAUCAAGACAGUGACCUGCUACCCGGAGCGAACCACGAAGCGCAUGUAUGACAGCUACUGGCGGCAGUUCACCCACUCAGAGAAGUUCAACAGGACCAGACAAUAAUCAGGAAAGCAAGUGCAUAAAAACCCAGCAGUGUACUUGUGAACCUCAGUGAACCAGCCUCAGAACGUUGGCUUGUGAAGGCGGCCCUACUUCCUUGCUUCAGCGUCCGCAGCAUUCCCGGUGUGCAUGCCGUUUGUGAGAACUUAGUGUCAACCCUCUUUAUCCAGUGCAAACUUGAAAUUCUGAUGCGCUUUUCCAGGGUGGCAUUUUUUUUUCAGAGUAUUGAAUUUACGAUAUAGUAAUUUAUAGUGUAGCUUUUUAUACAUAAAUGUGAUAUUUUUAAAAGGAGCUACCUGACUCAGUCAGUAUAAUAACAGAGCCUAUUAUAAGCUGAGCUGCACUCGGGGCUCACACUGUGCCAAACAUAAACGUGCAAGUGUGUGUGAAAAGCACGUCUGAUUGUGAAGCCCUUAACUCCCUGCUCCUUAUGUUAAAGUCAGCCUGAAAACCAUGAUGGUUCAUGGUUUAGACAGUUCAGUCUGUAAUUUCACAUUUGCCAGCGUCUAUGCUAAUCCUUAAUUUCUCAGAUCACUAUCAAAAACAUCAAGGAAGUCAGGCUUGGUGGCACAUACCUAUAAUCCCAGUACUUAGAAGCCUGAGGCAAGAAGAUGGUGGUUUUGAGACCAGCCUGGGCUACAUAGUGAGUUCAAGGCCAACCUGAGCUACAUAGUUAUACCCUGUUUCAAAAACUAAAAAAGAGAGAAAGAGAUAUGUGAAAGUGGGUGUGCCCGCUUGUCUGUGGGAGUGGUCGGGAUGCCCUGGGCUGCCUGAGAGUGGUUUCUCAGGCCAGGCUUCCUCAGGCAGACUCUGAUACUCAGAGAGGACAAAAAAGGCUUUUGAGAUGAGACUACUUUUAAAGAUAAGUACCUUGUCUCUGUCAAAGGAAUAACUUGCCACCUCUUAGGGUGCUCUGUAAAUCCGAGGGUAGCUAACAUGGAGCCUUGGCCUUUUGAACCAGUUUUAAACCCAGUAAUAGCACAGCUGUACAGGGCUAUUUUCAAAAGAGAAAACCCAAGUAAGAUUUAUAUAAAUGUCAUGUAAACUCUGAGCCAGAGCCCUAUUUUGUUUAUGUUCUGUCUCUUAAAGAUCUAAUGGAUGUCAUUCAGGGAAGCACUUCCUUCCUCACCUCAGAAGGUUCGGCUAAUCCAAAUUCCUAGACUUUUAUGCCACACCAAAGUAAACUUAUCAGCAAACAGCUAUAGAUCAUUACUCAAGAGUCAUUAUUUCCCAUGGCAAGUGCAUAUGUUUAUGAUAGUAAGGCUCCUUUAAGCUCAGAGAUAAGGAAAAAGAACAAAUUUCACGUGUACCAUAAAAAUGGUGUGUGCUGUGACAGGCAAAUGAGGUUUCCACUUUGUGUUGUUUUAAGGACAACUCUCAAUGACCACUCUCAUUCUUUGUGAAAAGGGCUGUCUUGCAUGGAAUAAAAAAAACCUGCGAGAUGAUCCAAAUAAGCAUUCUUAGUGGUAGCUCACCAGCAAGCAGAAAGGUAACGCCUCUGUGGAGAGGGCGCUGUCAGCUGUGCGCCCGUGCAACGGGAACCAGUUCUAGGCGGCUGUCACUGCACUGCUCUCUGGAGACUCAGAUGCAGACUCAAAGCAGGCCAUUACAUGAAUGUAUCCUGUCAGCCCACAGAGCUUUAACCCCAUGCAUCCAUGUGCAGCUCGUCGCCUCCUACUCUAACCCUGUCAGAAACACCGCCUGCUUAGGAAAGACCAGGACUAGAAAAGGCCGAUGUGAAGCGAUCCGAGGUGGAGCUGUGCAUCCAGGCUGAGUCUGAGGAAGAAAACAUGGAACCCGGAGCCGAGACUCUGGCUGUCCUUGGCAAAUGCAUCUCUAUAAAGGCAGAAGCUCCCACCGUCCUGUGUCCACCUUUCCUGCCUUCCUCUUCCUCCAAGUGCCUCAGCCACUCUCACACUCCUCCCCUCCCCAAGUCUGUCUGGGUCUUAAUGCCCUUCACGAUUAAACAUCACCAGCCUCCUGCUGUUCACCACCGCCAACACGAUGUGUCUUUCUGAGUAACCUCCCCCAUCACUAAAAACAUGUCUUUCCUCGACUUCUUCAAGUCUCCACCAUCCAUCUCUGUUACCUUACCAGACUGAUCACAGCAUCAAGUGUGCCCUGUCCACCCCGUGCUGUGUAGACCGUCUUCCCCAGCUGCCACAAUACCUUGCUGUCCUCUACCUCAUCCCCAGAGAGCCUGUAUGCUCAGAGCGCCCACCCCCUGGGCUCAUUCUCUGCUGUCAGUAAUACUAUCCAUAUCCUAAACAAAUCAUAAAACCUUUGCCUUCUAUCAAAGUAGAAACCUUUAUAUUUAUACGUGAUACAGAAAUUGAACUAUUUCUACCAUGCAGAAUUUAACAUUUAGCAGGAACUCAGAGUGAGUGAAUUGCUAGCCUAACUUGGUCUGUAUUAGAGGAUGAGUACUGGUGAUAGGCCCAGUCGCUUGAAUGUAGAGUUAAAAUUCCCCAACAGUCCACAUUAAUCCAUAACUCUUCAGUGGACAGGAGGUUCCUGGCAGACAAGUGAGGUAGUAUUUUAGACAAAAGUUUUUUUGGUGGUGUUUGGGCCUUAAAACACAUUUCUCAUAGAGGACAUCCAAUGAAAGGUGUUUUAGAAGGUCAGAUUGGAUCAUACUAGCCUGUUUGAUGUAUAAUGUAGAUUUAAAAUCCCACAAAACUGGGUACAUCCAAAUUUGACUUGAUUAAGCUUCUAACCCCAACCCUCCCUAUUCCUAGUGGGAGAAAACUUACCUUAUGAGAUAAGGAGGAGAGUGUUGGCUUGAGUCUCAACUUCCCCUGACCGCUCUUCCUGGAUGUCCAAAUAGCGUCAUUAAGGAAGAAAACAUGGUUCAGGGGCGGGAAUGCAGUUUCUCCCCUCCAGCCAGGCUGCCAACAGGAGAUACACAUUCACACGUAGAUGGCCGGCUGCCCUGUUUGGGAGCGUAGGCCUGAGAUCUCUAGUGGUCUUCAGAUGUGUCCAUCUCAAGCAUAAACGCCCCAGCCUGACAGUGCCCAAUUAAUGCAUUUAAAGACCGAGAGUGUAGCAGGGGCUUAGUUAGCCAGUGACUUGGCCACUGAAAGGGACACAGCAUAAGGUGUUCACUUAGCUUUAACUAAAUUAGGACUGCAGUGCCAUGAUGGCCAGAACCGAAAGGGUAAAGGAGUGUCUGUUCUGAAUGUGUGUGGAAGCCUUGAGGUGACCCAGCCUGAGCUGUAAAGUAACUUAUAGAACGAGCACCCCACUUUACAGUUCAUAGGACCCCAAACAUUAGACAUGGGAGUAUGAUAAAUAUAAUUUUGGUAUGUAAAAUUUUGCUAAAACUGUCUAUUUCUUACUCAAGGUAACCUCUUAAAAUGAAUGUAUCCUUUUUCUAGAGUGUUAGAGAGAGUCUAUGGUCUUUAGUGUUAAAAUGUUGCUCACAGGUACCACUGAGUUAAUUGGACACAGUAUAUUCAGAAGAAAUCUGAUUUCCUAAUUGAUCUUCACAAACUUUAACUGGCUCUCCCAGUCUGUAAAAGGACAAAAGGUAGAAUGAAGGAAGUGUAUCAGCUGGGUGGCCGAGGAUUUUUCUUUUCUAAAGCAGAGACCAUCUCUUCCCUGAUUCUCACUGGUUUCCCAAAGUAGAGCCUGAGUUAAUGGUGCCCUGACCACCAAGGAUGGUGAUCUACAUCUAGUGCACACAUUUCCUUUGCAUUUGGAUGUCUCUGCGAGAGAGGAAGUAGGAUUUUUCCUUCCUCUUCACAUUUACUCUUUUUACCCAAAGCAAGAUGAACAUUGGAAGCAAAUCCCAGGCCACCUGGCGGCAUCUUUCUAUGAAUUGAACGGGCACACGCACAGUCUGGUCAAGGUGAAUGAGAUGAGAACCCUGUUAGGUCACCUGGGAAACCUGGCCUUGCCGCUUGGCUCAGCUCCUGCAAACCAGAAAGAAGCGUUGUUCCUCGUCGUGAAAGAACUGGAUGUAGCCUUUAACUCAUGAAAUAGGAGUUGAACUUGAAAGCCCUUCUGAAUCCUGAUUGUGCAGGGCAGCCGCAUAGUGAAUGUACACAUGAAGACCGUAGCUGAAGUGCACAAGUCAGACACCAACUUCAUGACCUUCCAUAGAGACAUUGUCUCCUUACGUUGUGAGUGACAUAUGUAGCAUGCUGUGAAGCACCUGUUCUAGUUCCUAACUCAUCAGUAUUAAUACGGAGUUACCCUUGUGUUCCUUGGUACUUUAUAUUCAAUGUAAUCAGAAGCUGUGAUGUAUCCCCUUCCUAGUCCCGGGCUUUGUUGCUGUAAAUUUCCUUAUGAAGCACGUGACUUUGGACUCAUGUAAGGUGGAUGCUCUUGAAGACUGCUAUACACACACACACACACACACACACACACACACACACACACACACACACGUCUCUUAUUGUAGAUGGUUUUGAGUUAGAAUAAGCUUUUCUCCAGUAGACCAUUGAUGCAGUUUACGGUCCACACUGUCAGGUGGCAGCCUCCUCUUGAUAGGUUCAACUCUGAAAAUAGCAAGCUUUAUGAACAGCCACUUCACCCUUGUUCUAGCAAAGCAGACCCUGCUGUAAAUGUAGGCUAUGGUGGUUACCCAUAAUGCCCUCCACAUGCAUCAGCAGUUAUGGAGAUGACAGAACCCAUGAGAGCUUCUUGUAUGUAUAAGUAGGCUUGAUUUUUGUUGUUAUGUUGCUGGUUUGGCAGUUUGACUAAAGCUGACCCAAAUGGGCCAGCUCGUGUAGUACUCUAGUGGUUUAACGCCUCUCUUCUCGUUCUGCGGCUGUCCUUUUGUUUUUCGAGGGAUGGGUAAUAUUAUUUGAACAGAUAAAGAAGGAACUGUUAAUGAAUCAAGACAAACACACCUGAAAUAAAGGAGCUGUGUAUUAACAUGUUAACAAUUCAUAACUGCACUUUCUAUGACAUUUUGAAAAUCUAUUUAUAGGUACAGAACAAUGGGUUUUGUUAAACUGUAUCACGUUUAUACCUGCAGAAUUUAUUUCAUUGUUAUUAGUAGGAAUUUUAUUGGUUCAAUAAAAUUGGCAAAAUUGA